UAACUUGUUUUGAUUUUUUUAUUUAUUUAUUUUUUUACAUAAUCGUUUACAAACAGCAUCCAUCUCGCUCCCCCUGCGCUGGUCCAAAAUGCGGAGUCUUGUGAAUUGGCGUGUAUUUAUUAGCUUUUUGGUCGUUUUUUACCAACAAAAUGUUGUCGAAGUGGAAAUGUGCGGAGGGCUGACCAAGGUGAAGCGGGCUGAUGAAGUUGUUCAGAAGAUCUGCGAUGCAAUGAAAUCUCUCGCAGAGCAGAAAACUGGGAGAAACUUCGAGGUUUUCACUGCAAAGAGCUACAAAACACAGCUCGUAGCUGGGACCAACUACUUCAUUAAGGUCUAUGUGGGAGGAGGCGAAUAUGUUCACCUCCGUGUUUACAAGAAACUCCCGGCUUAUGGAGGAACGCUCGAGCUGACCGAUCUGCAGCACCCCAAGAGUCAACAUGACAGUAUUGAGUACUUCUAAUGGGAAAAUGAACCAGCCAAAGCAUCAGUGCCUACAGCCUGUGCUCUCAUUGUAAUCCAUUAAUAACCUGCCUCUUCAUGAGGGGAAAGCUUUCCUUGUUUACAUAUAAUAACAUACUGCAGAAAAUAGAAGACAAAGUGGAUCAUGUUUUAUACAAAGUACUUAAUUAAAUGAAUGAAGCAGAUUUUUUUUCGGUUGUGGUUUCUGAGUUGUGAAAUGUCUGCAGCCCCGGGAGUGGACUGUAUUUGAUUUGUCACAUUGAAAGAGGGACAGAAAAUUACAUAAUCAGUGAAGCCAAACACACGUCUCUUUCCUAAUAUGGGCAAUGUCUUUAGUAAAACUCAGCUGUAAGCAUGUCUCCAUGCUCUGAAUUGAAGGAUUUUAGCACACAAUGUUAUGUGUUUUCAAACUCACAAAAUCAUAUUUUACGUUCUUGUAGCAAUAACCAUGUGAGACUGAAGUUUAAAUACUUUUCUUCCCCACAUCCUGUGUGUAAGAGUCAAUUAUAGCAUCAUUUGGAGAGUUAUAUUUCAUUUAGCAUGUUAUCCUUUUUGAACGCAUAUCUGAAGGGGACCUAAAAUAAAGCACAGUUCAGUCA